AUGAAGUUUGGGCGCAACCUCGACGAUCUAUCGGUGCCCGAAUGGCGGGCCUACAACCUCGACUACAACCGGGCGAAGCAGGUGGUGCGCCAGCUCACCAGCGACGGCGCCGCCGGCGCCCAGGGCGCCAUUAGCGACAGCGACAGCGACGAACAAGCGGCGGCGGCGCUGGCGGCGGCGGCGCUGAUGGCGCCCCUCCGCGCGUUGCUCGUGGAGCAGUUUGACUACGUCAACUUGUUUUUGUACACCAAGUUGGGUGAAAUUGAGCGCAAAGUGUACUAUUUAUACCAGGCGUACCAGAACGUGUUGGACCUGCUGAGCGCCGGCGCCAGCGCCGGGCUGAAGCUGGUGGCGCUGGCGGCGCCCUCGCUCGACGACGGCGCCGGCGCCGGCGCCGGGGGCGCGCCUUCUGUUGACGGCCUUCUGGUAGCGCUGGCGCUGGCGCCGCGCCUCCUCCAGCUCGACGCCAUCCUCUACCAGUUGAUCCCGUUGCUGCACACGCUCUCGCUGCUCUCGAAAUACUUGGUCCUCCAGCGGAUCGCCACCAAAAAGCUCUUUAAAAAGUUGGUGAAACACCUGCGCCACCGCGCCCCGGCACAGCAGUUUGUGGCGCAGAUGAAGGAGUACGCGCUGAAGCCGACGCCGCUGUUUUUGACGAUGGACGUGGCGCCUUUGAAUUAUAAAGUGGCCAACUUUAUCUGUGAGCUCCGCGGCCACCAGCGCGCCGCGCGCGCCCGCCGCCGCGGGCUGAGCGCCGGUGGCGCCAAUGGCGCCGGUGCCAGUGCCGCUGACCGCCGCGGCCUGAUAUUCACGGUGGAUUUCAGCGGCGUCCACCCCCAACAAGUUCCUCCAACUCCCGAAUGCCUGUUUGACGUUUCUGUCUUGCUCAAAAAGAAUUUCCGACUCGAUUUUUUGGUUUCCGACGCUGCCGUGCUGGAUUUGGUACUCAACAUGAGUGCUUACCUAAACUGCGAGCCGACCCAGCCGGCGCCCCGGGGCCGGAUGAGCUAUACCAUCUUGUUUGACACUCCCAGACGGCACCCACUGUUUAUUAUUAGUCAUGAAGGGGCAGAGACGCUGACGUUAGUGACGUAUACCGGUGGUUUACGUAAGUAUUCCUACUGUAUCCUCCCCACCGUCAUUUUACAAAAACUCUUGGAUUAUAUAAGCGGCGCCGGCGUCGAGCUGACUAAAAACGAGAUUUACCAGUACUUUGUCGAACUGAAAAUGCUGCCGCUUACGCGAAACACCAUCGACACCAUGUUGGCGCAGAACUUAACCCCGAAGUGCCGGGUGACAUUCACCCGCCAGCGUUUCAUCAUGCUGAGCACUCCCGGCCACGACGACGAACUCGCCGACCCGUCAGCUGAUUUACACGAUCAGAUGCUGGUAGCGCUGUGGCAGCAGUACCAGGACGAGUACUUGAUGGUGUUGGAUACUGAGGUGUAUACCACUAACGACCCGAGUCAAGUCCACCUGUUGGCCUUCCCCGAGUCAAUUGCAUCUUCUGACACAGGGGCUGAAACAGGCACCACCGAACCCCCCGGGUGGGACCGGUUCCCGCAUAACCAUUUGUGUAUCCACACCAACGACUCGUUGCUUCAAAAAUUCGAUGCUCUGGUGACUACCGAGGUGAAACAAGGGGUGGUGACGUCAAAGUGGCUGGAACAGGCACUCCGCAGAUUGCCAGGUCCCGUGCAGAACCUUGUCGAACUGACGGCGGCGGUAUUAUUCCACAAUUUGCUGUUUGUCACCUAUAUGCUUCUGUGCUAUUUUAACGUCGUACCGAAUUCUACCGAUGACGCCAACAAUCACUACCUGCGGCUCUUGGGGCUCAACUUACUAAAAAAUGCGGAAAAUGUGCAAAAGUUCACCCACCAGUUGCGCCAGGAGCACCUGAUUAUCAAGGCGCGGCUGGAGAUGAUUAUCAAGCGCCAGUUGAGCCAGAAUAACACCCACGGUGGCUAUUAUUAUAAUGGGCAGCAUCAGCUGAGUCUCGGGCUGAUGGGGGGGUCUGUGGGUUCGCACACUCUGACCCCUUCUGUUUUCGAUAAUGACGACGAUUACGAUACUAACGGCACUGACGAGUUGUUAGAAGAAGCUGGGCCGAAAGACGCUUACGCCAUGCUUCUCAGAAUGCAACUGCUUCAACCACUGGUGUGGAACCAGGUAGUGGUUCGUGUCCUUAAAUGGAACCAUCAAUGGCGACCUCAACCGCCACCUCUUUUAACUGAGCCUGACGUUUUUGGUGCUGGCGGCUACGGCCUGGUCGACGAGGAGGAAGGCUUUUUGGGGCGUAAUUAUGUGGUGGAACAGUUCCAGCACGACUACGACCAGGUGUACUCCCACGUCUACUUUUCCCUCGCGUUUUUAGCGAUUUUUGUUGCCACCAUCGAGUUGGGCAUCGUUUACGCGGUUUUCGCCACGCUCCCGCAAGGGCAGGACUUGUUGCUCCGUGAAAAUAUGGGCAUUGUCGUGGUGAUGGUGUUGGGGAUGUUGCUUAGUGUGAUCUUUCUGCUUGUGGCGAUCAACUUGCUGCUUUCGCGGUUUACCCGCCCCCGAGCGUUCCACCAGUACGUGGUGUGGGCGUCGUUCACGGUGGUGGUGAACUGCUGCAUCUGGCUGGCAGUGAUCAUGGCCCCCCACGUAUAG